AUGCAACAGGCUGUCUGCGUCGAGUGUCGCGAGCGUGAUGCUGAGCUCAACAUCAGAAACAGACGAUUGUGCACCGAGUGUUUUAGUCGAUAUGUCAACUCUAAAGUCCUGAAGCGCAUGGAGUCGUAUCGAUUCAAAAUCCUUGGUGGAGAUCAAAGAUGUCGCCUGCUACUACCUCUUUCCGGUGGGAUCUCCUCUCUUGUCUUGCUUCAGAUUCUCGAUUCUCAGCUGCAACGACAGAUCGCAAAGAGGAACAUGACCGCAUAUGAAUUAGUCAUUGCUCACGUCGUGCUUCCGGAUGAACCUACAUCUACGUUCAAUAACAAACCGUUCUCCCACUUAGCCCAGAGAUUCCCAAGCCAUAAAUUCCUCCCUGAAUUUGCAUUCUCUGCUUCUCUGAGUCUUGAUGAAACUCUUGAACAAGACCUCAAGAUCCUUGGUCUAGAACGUCAGAAUCAAGAAUCAAAUGUCGACUUUUUCGAUCGAAUCAUGGCAAGUGCUACCUCAGUCACAACACGAGCUGACCUACGCUCCAUCUCACUCCGGCGCUUGAUCGUUGCGAUAGCGACAGCGCAUGGUUGCGAGAGCAUUGUCUGGGGUCAUUCGGACAGUCGCCUGGCUGCCCUGGUUCUGGCAGAUGUUGCAAAGGGCAGAGGUGGGUCGGUCCCCUCAACGAUUGCUGAUGGUCCGUCGCCCUUCGGUGUGAACUUCAACCAUCCGCUUCGUGAUCUUUUCAACACUGAACUUGAGACCUACGCAUCUAAACUUCCAGAACCUCUUGUGGAAAUUGGAGCGGCCAGAGAACUAAAUAAUCGACCCCCUUCACAACCCCCUUCAAGCCUUCGCGACACCGCUAUCGAUAGCUUGUUGACAGACUACAUCAACACGCAGGGUUUAAAAUACCCCAGCAUUAUGGCAAAUGUGGUGCGAACGGCGGGCAAGCUCGAAGUCCGACAUAGCCCGAACCUCUGUCGAGUCUGCGUUCAACCUAUUGUGAGUGGCGGUGGACAGUCCCAAAAUACUUCAAUACUCUGUAGUAGUUACAUAAUUCACGAUCACUGCACCAAGCAGCAGGAUAAUCGGAAAGUGGUUAACUACACUGGGAAAACGAAUCGUGCAAAGAAGAAUGAGCUAAGAACAUUCCAUCGUGUCUACCUGAUCUGGUACACAGUCGAAUAG